UUCCCUUUAAGCUGCGGCCGGCCGCGUCGCCGCUUCAUGAAUGGAGCCCACGUGACCAAACAUCAUGUGACGUCUGAGGAGCGGCGGCGGCGGCGGCGGAUCCCGAGCCCGGUCCGGCCCGGCCUUCCCAGCGCGCUCGGCCCGGCCCGCGCAGGCGGCCAGCACCCUCAGCCCCGGCCCGGACCCCUCGCGCCGGCCCCCGCCCCGCGCGGCCCCGCCCCGGCCCGCCCGGGCCCGCAGUGUGAGUGCCUGCUCACUGUGCCCCGGGUUAUGACGACCCCCAAUAAAGGAAGCAAGGCCUUGAAGGUGAAGCGGGAGCCAGGUGAGAAUGGCACCAGCCUGACAGAUGAGGAGCUGGUGACCAUGUCGGUGCGUGAGCUGAACCAGCACCUGCGGGGCCUGUCCAAGGAGGAGAUCAUUCAGCUAAAGCAGCGCCGUCGCACACUCAAGAACCGGGGCUAUGCGGCCAGCUGCCGUGUGAAGCGGGUGACGCAGAAGGAGGAGCUGGAGAAGCAGAAGGCGGAGCUGCAGCAGGAGGUAGAGAAGCUGGCCUCUGAGAACGCCAGCAUGAAGCUGGAGCUCGACGCCCUGCGCUCCAAGUAUGAGGCCCUGCAGAACUUCGCCAGGACCGUGGCCCGCAGCCCUGUGGCCCCAGCUCGGGGGCCCCUUGCCGCUGGCCUGGGGCCCCUGGUCCCUGGCAAGGUGGCUGCCACCAGCGUCAUCACAAUAGUAAAGUCCAAGACGGACGCCCGGUCGUAGGGACAUGCAGGAUUGCCGGGCAGGUCUUCGAGGGGCCACUAGGCACAUGGCGAAGUCAGCAGCCCUGUCCCACCUAUUCCUCUCCCCUCUCCUUCCUCUUCCCCUUCUCCCCCUCUUUUCCCUUCCCUGCAAAGCACAACCUGUUCCCCAGGGGCAGUGGGCUGAGCCCCCUUGAUCUCAUCUUGUCGUCAGUGCGUGUGUGUUUGUACGCUGGGAUUGGUCAGUUUGGUGGUGAUGUCGGGUUCCUCCUAACCCUCUUCGUACCUAAGCCAUGCAGGCUAGGAGUCUAGAGCGAGCACUGUGGGAAUGAAAGAGAGAGUGGGAGAGCCAGUGAGCAAACUGGGCCUCAAGGUCUGCCCUCCCCUCCUGGUGCCCAUGGCCCACAGGCUGCCAGGCUGGAGUGGGAUUAGAGGGGUUCUCUUGUCUUCGGAUCCAGGCAGGCAGCUCAGCUCAGCCCAGCAGGAAGAAAGGGACUCUACUCUGAAGAGUGGGGUGUCCUUGAGGGCCCUGGACAGGUAGGUCACCCGCCUGGGAACUAUGGGUGCUGGGGCAGGGGCUGUGUGGUUCUGGGGCAGGGGCUCUGGCGCUCAAACCUGACACAGUGCACUGAACAAGACCAAAUCACUGGCUGUGAGCGUGCGUGGAGGGUAUGUCAGUGUGUCCUACGAUGGGUUCCGUGUCACUGUUUACAUGACCUAUUUGUGUGGUUAUAUAGCCCUUUAUUUAAAAGAGAAGUUCCUUUUACGAAGUUAUUAAAUUAUAUGUUUAAGAGCUAAAGAGAAAAAAAGCUGCAGAGUAUUUAUAAAAUUGUCUUUUAAAAAAAAACAAGUGAAAAGAACAUUUGAUCAUAUAAAUGGAAAAGGGAAGAAAGUAUAAUAGUAACUUUGCUAGUUUAAAAAAAGAAAAAAAAUCCCUUCUUGUAAACUUAUGGACAACUCUUUGUGGCUGUUGGAAUUUAGUUUUUAUAUACACAGAGUUAUCAGACAUUAUUUAUAAAACUUAGUUUAAAAAAAGGAAGAAAAAAAAAAAAAAAAAAAAAAACCAAGCCGCGAGCCGACCGAGGCCAUCCUCUUUGAUAUCUCUUUUGCAAUUGUACCGAAAGUGACUUACUCCUUUGCCCUUCCUGCUUCCGUCUCUUGCCGGUGCCGUGGUGUUGUCCGUGCCUGGUGAGGUUUUGUGCAGCCGUAAAGUGCUGGUGCUUCUGGUGACCUUUGACCUGUGGCCGUCCCUUCUUGUGUAUUUUCCUGUGUUUGUUUUUUUGGAUUUGGUUGUGUUUUUGCUUCUGCUGGCUUGCUGGACCUGAGCUGGGCCAGGGUCCCAGGCAGUGCCUGCUCCAUUGGAGUGUGGGUGUCAGUGCCUGCCAGCCCAGCCUUUUCUGCUUUCAGAGCCUGCCCUUUGCCCCAGGUGGUCUGCUGAGGGACUCUGCCACUCCCACCUGUGCUGAGCUCUGGCUUCAUAGGUGUGUAUGGGGCUUGGGUUGAUCUAUUGGCAGGGUAGGUGAAAUUGAGGGGCCAUCCAGGGCCUCCAUGCUGCUUCCACAUCCAUCACCCCUGGCCCUACCUGGGUGGUGGCAUUCUAGGGACCAAGGAGUCACUGUGGGUGCUCACAGAGCUGUGGCCAAGCUGUUCCUAGCUGUCUUCCUUCUGACCUUGGCUUUAUUCCUGUAGGCCUCAGCUCGGCUUGGACACUCAAGGGACCCGCCCUAAUGGGUUGCAAAUCCUACUGCUCACUUAGCCCUGAGCUGGCUCUGUGCUGUGGUGUGUUGCUUCCCAGGCAGAAUAGUCAGGGGCUCCACCUGGGGCAGCACCUUCUCUGCUUCACUGUGAGGGCCCAGGUGACUUCCACCAGAUCCAGACAAGGACUUGGACUCCAAAGCUGGGUCUGUCCCUUCCCUGCUGGUCUCUGCUGGCAACUCUUGGCUCCAGGCCCUUCUUCCUCCUCUCUUUGGGAUCUGUGUCUUCCAGGGAUUGCUGCUCAACUUGGAGGUGCUUCUCUGCAGGGUCUCAGCCCACUUCGCUGUCCCAGCUGCCUGACAGAGACUGCCAACUUUCUAGACUUGGCUCAGGAAGCUCCUCAUAGGAAUGGACCAGGGCUGGUGCCCAUGUCCCCCUAUCCCCAAAAGAGGUAUAGCCCCAUCUCUGGGCAUGUGGCCUUUGGCCUCUGACAGGGUUGCUGGUAUCCUCUUUGGGGGGCAGGGGGGAGGCAGCCCUGGAUCCCUGAAAAGCACAGGAGUGUGGGCUGGUGAGGGGACUGACUGACUCAACAAGCAUUCACUUCACAGACAGCAGGAUUUUCACCCAGAGUUUCAUCUGGUUGCCAUGGGGUGGGAGCCGGGCAUCUGCCAUCGUAGUCUCUCAAGGGGCUCCUUUGUACAGGGUGCUCAGACAGUCCUAUUGGUACCUGAGACUGCUACAGAUGGAAAUUCUGACUUGACUGAGUCACCUGAUGACUUCAUCCCUUCCUGUAGUCUCGAUAGCUGGAAGGCAGAUGCAAGCUGCUGCUGUUGGCUGUAGCAGCAGAGUUGGAAUGGAACAAGUUUGCCCUUAAGAGAGGGGUAGGGACAGGCCCUCCAUGUCCUUUGGUCCUGACUGGGAGUCCAGGCACCACUGAAUGAUGCUCUCCAGUUGUAGAGCUAGUGUGUGGGGUGGGUGCAGGUGAGGAAGAGGAGGUUGAGACUGGGCCAGUACUGAGCAGAAGUUGCUGUCUUGGUUUGGUGUAGAGAAGUAGUUCUGGGCUUGGUGAAGCUAUGCUUCCUUCUGUGGUUUUUGGAUUUGGAGCAACUGUUUCUUGAGUCCAUCAAGCCAGUCCUGCAGGGCCACACCACCCCUUUCCCUUCACCUUGGUUUCUUGACGGUAGAUUCUCUGUCCACAUGUGACUAUUGGCUGUCUUUCUGAUCCUUGUUGAUUAUGUUUCAUUGCUGUGAGGGUAUUGUGUUCUUUCUUAUCUCAACUUUUCUGACACAGUGAAUUGAGGGUUUUGGCUGAGGCCAGGUCUCCCAGACUUGUCCGCUUAGUAAACCAUAAUGUGCGUCUUUCCUCCUCCUUUAUCCUAAUGUGGACGCUCAGAUUUCAGAGGGAAGGGGGAAAAAGUGAACAGGUUAGCUCUUGCCAAAAUGAAUGGCCCCAGAGAACCCUCCCUGAGAUCCCUGGCUGCUGCUCCAGGGUGGUGCUUCCCUGAGUAAGGCACUCCAUGACCGCUGUUUUGUGUAUGGGCUUUCUGCUGGACAGGCCUUCCUGCAGGCUAUUCUCCGUCCACACUUCAGUCUGUGUGCACACCUGCCAGCAGCAGGCUCCUUGGGCAGUGCUUGGGCUGACAUCUCUGAUCAGCUACAGCCUGCUUUGGGAUGGUAGUCAGGCCACAUCCCUACUGCCCCCUGCCUGGAAUGGCCACUUGGCCAAAGCUCCCAUCCACAGCUGGCCAACCUGAGCCACAGCCUGCUACACCAUUUCCGUUCGGGGAUCUUGUGAGUUACAUUUUUAGGCUGUGGUUUGGUGAAAGGAAUCAACACAUUAACGAUUUUUUUCCCCAGAAGCCACUGAAUAAUUCUUUUUGGCGUGCUUUCACCUUCCAGUUGACUGGUUUUGGAGCAGUUGUAGAGAGCAGAGUACAUAAUCAGUGCCACACAGAGGCAGGCCUGCCAGAGCUUUUCAUGGCCUAUCCUGCUCUGAUUUGUGUAUCUUGGUCAUGUUCUGUACCUGCUGGGCCAACUGCAGACAUUUCCACCUCCCCCCUGGAGUAGCAGCAUUGAUACUGGGUGUUGCUUGAGUCUGAGGUGGAGUGUUAAGAGUGUAUCCCUGUGAGCUGUUCUUGGUGACAGCAGUUGAGCUUUCUGCGUCUCCAGCAGCAUAAUGUUCCAGCCCUGCCCUUCCUCCCAUCCCUCCAUCCGCUAGUCCCUGAAGCCUUUAACCAAACAGGAGUGGGUGCAGAAAGCCUUCUCCUGGCAACUUAGGGCAACAGGACAAGGGCUACCCUGUGUCCAGCUCUGUUGGUCUCAUGGCACUGAGAGGUGUGUCCCAGCAGAGUUGAUCAGCCCCUGCUUGCCCUGCUGAGGGCUGAAGCCAGGGGGAGGCUUGGGAGAGGGUACCCUGAGAUCCGCUGGAGUGAGGGCCGGGGACUGGCUUGGAGGAGAGGCCCAGGGCCCACACCGUGUAGGGCGGUUAGGGGCCUGGCCUCGGUGGGGCAGAGGCUUUGGUGCCCGCCCGCACCCUGCGCAGUAUUUAUUGCUAAGUUAUUGUCCAGGAGGGGCGGCGCUGGGCCUGGCCCCGGGUAUUUAUUGCUGUACAUAGUGUAUGUUUGUGAUAUAUAAGGUUUUCUUUAUUUUGUAUAUGAUCAAUAAACGCCUUUUAAAGAGA